AUGUCCUCGUUCACGACGCAGCAACAGCUCUAUGCGCCACAGAAGCGCCAGAAGAAGAACACAAAAUACCAGCGGAAUAUGCGGAAUUCCAAGACGUGUUCACGCCACCAAGGGAUAGACGGCGAGGAACCAAAGUUCAUGCCGAUCUACCCACUAUCGCAGAAAGAGUCAGCGACACUAGAAGAAUACAUCAAGGAUAACCUUAAGAAGGGGAACAUUCAACACUCGAAAUCUUCAGCAGGAUAUCCAAUCCUAUUUGUACCGAAGAAAGGAGGGGAACUCAGAAUGUGCGUUGACUACCGACAGCUCAACGACAUUACGAUCAAGGACCGGCACCCGUUACCGUUAAUCAACGAAAUCCAAGACAUCAUUCAAGGAGCGAAAUAUUUCAGCAAGUACGAUAUUACCAACGCGUACAAUCGACUCCGAAUCAAGGAAGGAGAUGAGUGGAAGACGGCGUUCAGAACCAAAUACGGGCACUACGAGUACAAGGUUAUGCCGUUUGGUCUUACCAACGCACCCGCAUCAUUUCAACGGUUCAUCUUCCAUAUCCUACAAGGAUACCUCGACAAGUUCGUGAUCGCAUACCUCGACGAUAUCCUAGUGUUCUCCAAAACCGAGGAAGACACAUCGAGCACAACAGGAAAGUACUACAACGACUCAGGGAAGCAGAGGUGA